GAGGAGCUCACUCCAUUGCAUGCAGUGACGACACAGCGGUGGGCUGUGAUAUCUGAAAAGCGGGCGUGGAUUCCGAAUGAACAGUAGUAGGAAGGCGAAGCCCAAGGCAGGCGCUGCCGUUCUGUGCGGAGCCCGCCACUGGAGAGGUGUUGCUGCUGCCGCUGCCGCCGCCGCUGUCAGAAGUGGCACGGGUCGCUCUUCUUUUUGAUUGUUGCUGUCGGGGCUGCUGGGCCAUCUCGAGGUCGCUUUGCUCGGUGGAGUGAACCGCUUCCUUAAUCUAUGCACGCGGGCCUGGUUUAGUGGAAUACUAUGGAAAGCAGCGGAGGAGGAUCCGCACGCGGAACCGGCCGCGAGAGGAAGAAAGGCAAGAACCCCGACGAGCCUUCCGCAGCUGCGAUGGCGGGAGAUCCCGGCGGCGGCGGCGGCAAAUCCCGGAAAUUUAAUUUGAAACGGGUGAUGGCAGAUGAGCUUGAAAGAUUUACCAGUAUGAGGAUAAAGAAGGAGAAGGAAAAGCCCAAUGCAGCUCAGAGGAAUUCCUCUGCUUCCUAUUCGGAUGUUUCUGCUUCAAGUCAGAUGCUACAGGAAAUUUCAGAUGAGGAUGUGCUGGUCCUCUUUGAGCAGAUGCUGGUGGAUAUGAAUCUAAAUGAGCAAAAGCAGCAGCCUCUAAGGGAGAAGGACAUUGGCAUCAAGAGAGAGAUGGUCUCUCAGUACCUGCAUACUUCCAAAGCUGGCAUGAGUCAAAAAGAGAGUUCCAAGUCUCCUAUGAUGUACAUCCAAGAACUGAAAUCUGGUCCCAGAGAUGCACAUCUGCUUAAUUGUUUGGAGUCUCUGCGUGUGUCACUCAACAAUAAUCCUGUCAGCUGGGUGCAAAAUUUUGGAGCUGAGGGCCUCAACUAUCUACUGAGCAUACUGAAAGGACUUCUUGAUGAGAAGGAUGAGGCUUCCGGGCCAUACGACACCCGGAUCAAGCAUGAGAUCAUUAGAUGCUUAAAAGCUUUCAUGAACAAUAAGUUUGGAAUUAAGACAAUGCUUGAAACGGAGGAUGGGAUCCUGCUCUUGGCAAGAGCAGUUGACCCCAAAGUCCCAUCCAUGAUGACUGAUGCUAUCACGCUACUUUCGGCCCUCUGCAUCCUGCCUCAGCCUGUGGAUAUGCAUGAGCAAGUACUGGGGGCACUGACACAGAGAGCAGAAAUGGAUGAAGUAGAACGAUUCAAACCCAUCUUGAAUGGCCUGAAGAGCGACACCUCAGUAGCAUUAAAGGUAGCCUGUCUACAGUUGAUCAACGCCCUGAUCAUUCCAUCAGAUGAACUUGACUUCAGAGUUCACAUUCGCAGUGAGCUCAUGCGUUCUGGACUCCAGCAGAUCCUCAAGGAGCUGUAUGCUCAAGACAUUGAGGAACUGCGGGUGCACCUCCAGCUGUUUGAAGAAUAUGGCGAAGAAGAUUCUGCAGAGCUCAGAAACCGCUUAGAGGACAUUCGCAUUGAAAUGGAGGAUUUCAAUGAAGUCUUCCAGAUUCUCCUCAAUACGGUAAAAGACUCUAAGGCAGAGCAUCAUUUCCUUUCUGUUCUGCAGCACCUCCUGUUAAUCCGCAAUGAUUAUGAGGCCAGGCCUCAGUAUUUUAAGCUGAUUGAUGAGUGCAUUUCUCAGAUAGUCCUGCACAAGAAUGGUGCUGAUCCAGACUUUAAGUGCAAGCACCUUGACCUUAAUAUUGAAGGUCUGAUAGAUAACUUGAUUGAUCAAAAUAAGGUGGCAAAAAGUGAAGCCAAAGCCAUGGAACUGGAGAAGAAGCUGGAUUCUGAGUUGACUGCGCGCCAUGAACUUCAAGUUGAAAUAAAGAAGAAGGAAAGUGAUUUUGAGCAAAAAAUCAAAGAUUUACGUCAAGAGAAAGAAACACUGGAAGCUGAUACCCAGCAAGUCAUUUCAGAGAAGCAGAGUCUGGAAACGGCUGUCUCUCUGCUCAGGGAUGAGAAUUCUACGCUGUCAAAGGAGCUUGAAGAUACCAAGAAGAAAAUGGAGCAUGUCCCUUCUUCAUCUACAGGAUUCCCACCACAACAACCAACUCCCUUACCUGGUGAGGCAGGAGUUUCUCCUCCUCUUCCUGGUGCAGUGCCUGCUCCACCUCCGCCACCACCACCUCUUCCUGGCGCAGCAGCAGUGCCUGCUCCACUUCCACCACCACCGCCACCGCCACCACCUCUUCCUGGUGCGACAGGCAUGCCACCUCCUCCACCACCACCUCUUCCUGGUGCGACAGGCAUGCCACCUCCGCCACCGCCUCUUCCUGGUGCGGCAGGCAUGCCACCUCCGCCACCGCCUCUUCCUGAGAUGGCAGGCAUGCCACCUCUGCCACCGCCUCUUCCUGGGAUGGCAGGCAUGCCACCUCCGCCACCGCCUCUUCCUGAGAUGGCAGGCAUGCCACCUCCGCCACCGCCUCUUCCUGGUGCGGCAGGCAUGCCACCUCCGCCACCGCCUCUUCCUGAGAUGGGAGGCAUGCCACCUCUGCCACCGCCUCUUCCUGGGAUGGCAGGCAUGCCACCUCCGCCACCGCCUCUUCCUGGGAUGGCAGGCAUGCCACCUCCGCCACCGCCUCUUCCUGGGAUGGCAGGCAUGCCACCUCCGCCACCGCCUCUUCCUGGGAUGGCAGGCAUGCCACCUCCGCCACCGCCUCUUCCUGGGAUGGCAGGCAUGCCACCUCCGCCACCGCCUCUUCCUGGGAUGGCAGGCAUGCCACCUCCGCCACCACCUCCUCUUGGGAUACCACCUCCACCCAUGCCUGGAUAUGGGGCCAUGACAGCUCCAGUUCUUCCAUUUGGAUUGGCUCCAAAGAAGGCUUACAAGCCAGAAGUUAAGCUGCGGAGAACUAACUGGUCCAAGAUUACAGCCCAGGAACUAUCUGAAGAGUGUUUCUGGGUCAAAACUAAGGAGGAUCGUUUUGAAAAUGAUGAACUCUUUGCCAAGCUGACUCUCGCCUUCUCAACUGCACAAGCCAAAUCCAAGGUGAAAGCACAGCAGGAGAAUGGAGAGGAGAAGCCCCAACAGAAGAAGAAGGCCAAGGAGCUGAGAGUGCUGGAUCCGAAGAAUGCACAGACUCUUUCAAUUUUUUUGGGCUCCUUCCGCAUGCCUUAUGAGGACAUCAAGAAUGCCAUCCUGGAAGUGAAUGAAGCUGUGUUGACUGAGUCCAUGGUGCAGAACCUGAUUAAGCUCAUUCCAGACCCAGACAAACUGAAGAUGAUAGCAGAACUGAAAGAAGAAUAUGAUGUACUGCCUGAGCCUGAGCAGUUUGGAGUUGUGAUUAGUUCAGUUCCCAACCUGAAGUCCCGUCUCAGUGCCAUCCUCUUCAAGCUACAGUUUAAUGAGCAGGUGGAAAACAUCAAGCCAGAGAUAGUUUCUGUGACAGCUGCCUGCGAAGAAGUCCGCAAGAGUGAGAAUUUCUCCAACCUACUCUCUAUCAUCCUGCUGGUGGGCAAUUACAUGAAUGCUGGCUCCAUGAAUGCUGGUGCCUUUGGUUUCAAUAUCAGCUUCCUUUGCAAGCUCCGAGACACAAAGUCUGUUGACCAGAAGUUGACUUUGCUGCACUUCUUGGCUGAAACAUGUGAACUGGAGUAUCCUGAAGUGCUGAAGUUUCCUGAUGAACUCAUCCAUGUGGAGAAGGCUUGUCAAGUUCCUGCAGCUGAUUUACGGAAAAAUCUGGACCUCAUGAAGAAACAGAUUUCAGAAUUGCGACGUGAUGUUGACAACUGCCCCAGCACUGCAGAAGAGAAAGAUAAAUUUGUAGAGAAAAUGACCAGCUUUGUUAAGGAGGCCCAAGAGCAAUAUGAGAAGCUGCGGAUGAUGCACUCAAACAUGGAAAACCUCUAUAAAGAAUUAGGACAGUAUUUCCUGUUUGACACCAAUAAAAUAUCGAUGGAGGAGUUCUUCACUGAUUUGCACAACUUCAGAAACAUGUUUGUGCAAGCUGUAAAGGACAACCAAAAGCGUCGUGAGACUGAAGAGAAGAUGCGCAGAGCUAAACUAGCCAAAGAAAAGGCAGAGAAGGAACGACAAGAGAAACAACAGAAGAGAGAGCAACUGAUUGAUAUGAAUGCAGAGGGUGAUGAAACAGGAGUUAUGGACAGUCUACUGGAGGCCUUGCAAUCGGGAGCAGCUUUCCGUAGAAAAAGAGGACCGCGCCAAGGAAACAGAAAAGUUGGCUAUGCUGUCACUUCAUUGCUAGCCUUGGAGUUGACCAAGGAAGAUGCCCUGGGUUCAAGCAAGCCAAGCAAAAUGCCCAAAAAGGAUGAAGAUGGAGAAGCCCCUGAUGAAACCACCAAGGAGGCAAGCAGCCGUCAGAACUAGAACUGAGAGCCAGGCUAGGACUAAAGCCUUUGGUAUGAGACACAUUUUACAGAGGAAUCAAAACAACACUGAGUCACUUUGCAAUCGUUAUUUUUAUUUUUCAUGGGCAUGAGACGAAGAGACAAAAAAUGUAAUUACUUCUGCCUUGCCCCCUUCUAGGGCUAUUUUACAACAUCUUUAAGCCUUUUGAUAUAUACAGCUCAUAUUGCAUCUGCCAUCUGCCUUUCUCAAAAUCAGAGCUGCAAAGCUUUCUGCUGAGCAAGCACCCUCCUUGGAGCGAAGGUGAGAGUUGCUGCUGCGUUGGUCCCCCACCUGCAGGCAAGGUGGGGGAGUACAAUCUCAAGAGGGGAAAGAAAGCUGAGAAGGGAAGGCUGGAGACCAGAACCUGACCUAUCUACCCAUCUCCCUGCACUGAUGUUGCCAAAGCAGGAAUGCAACAAACUGCCUUAACCAGGACAUUUUUCACCAUUGUUACUUGGGGGAGAGCUGGCUCAUCUGCAUAUCCCAAGGGCCCCUCUUUUCUCCCCUCUAGCAGUGCUGGAGGUCUGAGUUGGUCCCGUCAGCACUGUUCCAUAGGAGGAAACCUUAUUGGGCGUCUUACCUGGAUUUGUAUUUGCCCCAAUUACUGUGCUGUGCAGCCUCUCCUUUUCUCACUUGCUACCUAAUGCUGGAAAAUAAAAUGCCUCUUGGAUCACUGUGGUGGCAGGUUCUGCCCGACUAUUAGGGAGAACCGUCUCUUUCCUUGCUCUGUGCAUUGAAGUGAUUUUGCUCCUCCUGUGCUGCUCUUUUUCUCUUUUUUUACGUGAAUUCUUCCUUCCACUGUAGAAGUGAUAAUAGUGGCAACCCAUUGAAACAAACGUGUGUUUUCUGUGCUAACUAGGAGCAGCCUGGUGCAACUACCUCUGCAUGCUUUAGAGCCAAGAGGAAUGGAAUUUGCAUUGCUUGGCCUCAGGGAGGGAUGUUCUACCUUCCCCAAGGCUGAAUGAAAUUGCUCACUGCAGCCCCACAGGAAUGAAUCUAAAGUUGUGGUUUUCUGCUGUGUAUUGUUCGUACUGGACUCACCACUGGAAGAAUGUGUAUAUUUUAGUGUUUUGUGGCAAAAUUCCUUGUGUAAGUAUAGCACAAGAUUUGGAAGCUGCCACUAAGGCCUCAUGUAAAAUAAGGCCUGCUUGCUUUGGCGGCUGUGUUGUGCCAUUUAGACCGACGUUACCUAACCUCCACGCAGUGGCAGAAGAGGGAUAGAAUCUCCCAAAGUGAUAGGUCACUUUGUAGAUGCAUCUAUUUUUCUAUGAAAUUUUGUUUUUAAAAGGAAAUUUAGUGAAGUUAAAAUGAGAAUAUCUGCAUGUUCCUGGAAUCCCUUCUUUGCACUGUUGUACCUUCUAAUAUUUCCCUCAGGAGGCUGGCAGAGGAUGUCCUGUCCCCCAUCCGCCAGUGGGCUUAGUCCUCUGUGGAGGAUUUGGACCACCUUGCAGCACUUCAUGACAUCUUCCUAGAUUCCCAUGGGAAAAUAAACCGCUCGUCACAGAGAUCCUUGAGCCUGUCUGUCAUCUGGAUGCUCUAGGGACAGAAUCCCUGCCUCUGUCCAUUAUGGAUGGUGCAGUUUGUAACAUGCUUGUGAGACAGUCGUGUUGGGUUUUUUUGGUAGAACAGGCUGGCAUCAUCACCCUGCAGAGAAAGGAUCUGAGAAGUGCCAUCUCUCCCAGCAGUGCAGACUUUGAUACAAGUCAGCUGCUUUCUUUCUUUGUCAGGUACUAUCUAGAUUUUAUUGGAUGGCCUGGGCUGGGCAGUAAUCACCUGUUUGCUAAAAGAGACAUAUUUUGCAAUGUGGCUUGACUGUCUACAGCCAUUUCAAACUCCUUGGCCACAUUAGUGAAUGAACAAAUGUCUAGUGCUAGUUUUAUCUGCCAGGAGCAAUAUAUACUUAUGUGUAUAUUGGAAUGUCUUAAACUGGCUGAUUGUCAACAUUUAUGUGAUAAUGCUGACCCUCAGAUUAAUUUUGUAAAUGUCUGUAAUCCACUGAUACUGCAGCGGGUGCUGACAUUCAAUUAAAUGGGACUGCCAUCAUUCACUUGUCUGUAUCCCAUAACUGGGGAAAGUGUAUCUGUUUUUGGACGUUCACACAAUUCAUCUGGGAUUGUUGGCAUUACAUUCACGAAAUGUUGACCUUUCACUUUAACCUAUAUCAUAUAUGUGUAAAAGCCUCAAAUGCCUUGGUCACUACUUAGAUUUAGCAGAGCCCUGCAAAGUAGGGGAAUAGGAAGCACACCUGAUUCUCUAAUGCCUGGCCCUUGCUGCUUGUCAGACCUGCAGUUUCCCUUUUCCCCCUUGCUUUUGCUGUGUGGUGAGGUUAGAGCCCAAGAUCCAAAGAAGAACUCAUGGAACUAGUUUGCCACAUGCUCAGGGAUGAUUUUGACUCCUGUUUCUAGACUAUGGUUCGUUCCCCACCUUCCCAAUCUGUGACCUGAAAGAUGGAUUUUGGAACUGGGGUAUGGGGUUUGCAAUAGAGCAUAGAAAUCCCUUGUAUUGAAAAGAGAAAGUCAAUCCCCAUUUGGGGUGUGCCUAAAGAAACUCUUUAGAUUCUGGCCAGUUACUCUCCCUCCCAAGUGAGGCAUGAGACGGAAGAACUGCCAGGGUCGUCACUGCAGCAGCAUCUCACCUUCUUCCUGGAAAGAGCCCAAUCCCGCCUGGCCUGCACCAAGAAGCAGGCUAAGGACAGGACAGGACCUCAUUUUCUGAAACUGUCUAUUGUGCGUGUCAUCAUUUUUAAAACAACCUUCUAUAGUUCUCCCUCCCCCAGAUUAUUACAAUUUGUCUCUACUGUUCUUUUUUCUCUCUUUUUUGGGGGUCUUCUCUCAAUAGCUCCUUUACUUUCUCUUUUGUUCUCUCUCUUCCCCUCCCCCCAACUCCUUCCUUCCUUUUGCUUCCUUUCCUCAUUCUUUCUUUCCUGGCUUUAGCUUCUUUUUGAGACACUUUUCACUAAAAUGUCCUCAUAAGCACCCUUCCAAAGAAAUGAAUAACUGCUGUCAUUCAUGCGGAAGAAAUAAGUACCUGUAUUUUAGGCUGAUCUAUGGUGGGAGGAAUCUAGUGGCUGUCCCUGAUCCUGGGUUCAUCAGCACCUGGAUCAGGGCACAGAUUUGCAUUCUUCCACAUGCAAUCUUGAUUUUCAUAUUCUGAACAUACUGUUGUAUUGAAUAAUUGUACAUUCAUCUGUACAUACAGUACAUACUUGCAUAUUUACACAUGCCAAAAUUCCACAAUUCCCAGUUCUGGGAAUGACAGUUCCCUAAAAUCUACUUCUUCUGUAAAAGUGAAUGGCUUCAUCUAUUUCUUUGGAUGAAAAUAAGCUGCUGUUUGCUGUUGGGCACACUGCUGCUCCCACCUGAUACUGGUGUUAGUAGUCUUGAUCAGGGAAAAGGUUUGCCCACAUCCAACAGCAUCCCUACUUGUAGUCUUUGCUUAUUUCCAUAAAAUUGAAUGGUUGUAUUUUCAUCUGUGGAAGCAUUGGUGUGACAAAAUACCAGAGUAGGUAGAACUAGAAGUUGGGAACAGAUAUACCUUCCAAUGCAGCCUUUAUUUAGUUUCCAUAAAAAUGAAAGCUGUAAUAACUCCUGUCAAAGAAAUAAGUAGCUGUGUUUUUGGGAGGCUCCUCAAGGGAGCAAAAGUCUUGUCCCUGCCCCAGACACGGAUGACCAUGGGGAAGGGGACCAGGUUUCACUCCCCAUCACUACCUCCAUAUGCAGCCAUUUUCUUCCAUAGGAAAGCUUGCAACCACUCACUUCUGCAGAAGAAGAUAAGUGGCUGUACAUAGAGGUGCUGUUUGGGCCAGUCAAUCCUCCCCUCCCCCCUUGGUUUAUCACUACAAAAACAAUGCCUCUAUAUUUUCUAUGAAAGAAAAUGCACUUAAGUGGAUGGGGGGGUUGUACCCAGACAUUAGCAAUAUCUGGAAAAGGUUUGGUCUCCCUGUGUAUAGCCUUAAUUUUCUCCUAUAUGAUUCAUUACUUCCACAGAAGAAAAUAUUCAAACUGUUUUACCCUAAUCCUGCACUCUUUGCUUGUUCUGACUUGUGACUUGGUGAUGCUACUUAGGCUGCGGCUGUUGAGCUGAAGAUAGUAGUGGUGUGAAGGGGAGCCUGUGACCGAUCAUACCAUCUCCCUUGCACUCUGUUUGUUCUGCUCCAGGCAAAAGAGAAAAAGCCAACCUGUGAACGGGAAGAAGGCACUCCUCUUUCCUGGCAUGGCACACACUGGGAGUGUCCAUGCAUAGAGCCCAGGCUAGUUUGCACAAAGGGUGCACCUAGGAGAGGCUCUUCCUUCCUUUCUUCUGGUUGUCAUCAUUGGGGGAGAUGAGCUGGAGACAUUUUCCUACCACCUUCUUCUAUGAAGACCAGCAGCAUCAAAGGAUCUGGCAAAUGGUUGUGGUGGAACUAGGGCCAGGGACAGGUCAGGAGAACUGUAGGCCCACCUCUGCCUCUCUGCAUUGUCCUACCCUCUUCACCUACAGUUGGAUAACAGAUGCAUGGGAUUGUGACCAAGACAUUUUUGCUUUUAUACAUGUACAAUAGAUAACAACCAUCAAUAGAUGACUUGGUCCCAUAGAGAGUUUCAUCCUGUCGGUAGGGACACAUGGACAGAUUUGAGUUUGCAUGAUUACUCCUUUGCUUCCAGGGUUUGCUUCAAUGCAUGCAGCAGAGCUAUAUGGCUAGACCUAUCGCCUUCACUGGAAGUCUAGUGACUUGGAUAGGUAUCUGCUCUAUAUCAGCCCAACCAUGCUCCCACAGUGUUGCAUUUGCCCAUUGGCGCCUUGGCCACCCUUUUCCAAAGGGUCAGAGCUAUAAGGCUGUGUUUUCUAAGGGUGCUCAGGGAAAAGCAAAGCAAUAGGAUGCUUCCCAGCAUGGAGGGAUAGACUGCAGACUGCCAACCAACCUAUAUUUUUAUUGUAGAACAAAAGUAAAAAAUGUAAUUCACAGUAAGUUAUGUUUCAGAAGGGUAAAAAUUAUGAUAGAAUAUUUGGUGUUUUGGGAGAUUAUAAUCAUAUGAUUAUUUGCUCAAAAAUAUUAAUAAAAGGUUUAUUUGC